AUGGUGCUGCAACUACGCCCAAACUGCGAAUAUUGCGAUACGAACCUACCACCAGCAUCAACAGAGGCGCGCAUCUGCUCUUAUGAGUGUACCUUUUGCGCCGAUUGUGCGGAGACGAAACUAGCCAACGUCUGUCCGAACUGCGGCGGCAACUUUGCUCGACGGCCGAUCCGCCCAUCGAAGGAAUGGCGCACUGGUUUAUGCACUGCGAAGCAACCGCCGUCGGAUAAGCGUGUGCAUCUAAAAUACAGUAUUGAGGAUGUUGAAGGACUCACGGAGAGGGUCAGCAACAUCAUCCCACAAGAUCGUUAG